UAGGAUUGUACAGGCUUUACUUAAAGCUGAUGAACAUCUUCAAUUCGAAGGAAAAGACGGACAAUUGAAAAAAAUGAGCCAAGCUGUUGAUGAUAUGAAAGUAUUGAGCAAACUAACAGAUGAUGUUUUUAAUGUAAUACUGAACUCGACGAAACCGGAAUUACGAGAAUCCAGAGAAAUCUUGCGCAACGUUUUGUCACGCGAAUUACCAAAGUUUGUUCGCGAGAAACCGUUGCCGGGAAAUUAUGCUGACGACAAAGAAUCAAUAGAGAAGAUAAAGCAAAACAUGAACAUCCCGAGAACGGAAUACAUCAUUCAGGUGGCAAACCUUGAUUUUGGAAUGAAGACGGAAAACCCAAUAAACACCCAAGAAACCGACCCAAUCAACAAUCAACAAGCGGACCCAAUCAACAAUCAAGAAACCAGCCCGAUCCAAAAAAUGCUUUUCUACCGAAAACAUAAUUUUGAUGUUGCACAAACGGAAGAGACACAGCUUUUUCCACCAGUGCGUAAUAAGGAGAAACUAGUGCGUGUCUUCUCUACAAAAAAAUAUCCUGAAUCAUGUGAACAUGUUGACCAGAAAUUUUGUGAGGCAAUGGAAAAAAUGGCUAGAGAGAGACCUGCCGACGAAGGACCCGGUGAGAGAUCAGUCGAGAGGAAUCAACAGGAAGUCAUUGUUCCAAACAUCGCUGUUAUUUCCGAUCGAGGAUUUGUUUCACAAGUACACUUUAAGGUAAAACAUCAUAACAGCAGGAACUAUUAUGACUGGUGGUGGAAUUAAUCUUAGCCCCGUAUUCAACAUCAGUUUGUAAACCCUAUUCGAAUGUUUCCUUAAAAAUAGGAAUAUUCCUGAACUUGGAAUUCGGCACCUCUGACUUCAUCAUUAGUUGUGUUAUAUAUUUUGUUAUUGACAUUAACAUUAGGCAAGGCCCUAUAUAUCCAAUCGCUUGACGUAUUUGUAUUGGUUUUAAGUGUAUUUUUUAUUCUGGAGCCUAAGAAUUGGUUGGUGAAUACUUGCCGGGAUAAAUAAAAAAUAUAACGACGAAUUAGUUUCUUUGCAUUUAAAAGGUUUCAAUAGCAUUGCAGAAAUUAUUGUAAGGAAUUCAAAUUUUAUUGUAUACUUCGCGAUCAACCGUUUUUCAACAAAGUUGAAAAUCCUAGCUAAUAGAUGGAUGCAUGUUUUCGGUCGUUCGAAACGCGUCAAUAUAGUUUCCGGUCAAUAAAUUGUGUAUGCAUAUACCAAUUUUGAGCGACAACGCAUGAUGUGGUAUUUGAGUCGUGUUGGGUUAUGUUAGAGGUCACAGUUGCUAAA